CAAAAAUUAAAAAAAAAAAAAAGGAAAAAGAAGAGCACCGUUGAGAAGAGUUACGAUCAAUGAAUGUGUUGAAGCUGAAGGCGGUGUCUGAAGCAGCGAACCCUAAUGACACCGCGAAGAAGACGGAGACUGUGGACCUGGGUAACGGAAGCGACGUCGUUUACAUUCAGCGCUUAAUUCCCUACGAAGACUCAUGGCAAUGGUUCCAUUACCUCGAUAACCAUAUCUCAUGGACCAGACCCACCGUUCGCGUCUUCGGAAAAUCCUUCCUUCAGCCUCGAGAUACAUGUUAUGUUGCAAGUCCUGGGUUGACUGAGUUGACUUACAGUGGCUAUCAACCGCAUGCAUAUACUUGGGAUGAUUUUCCACUGCUUAAAGACAUCUUGGAUGUUGUCCUUAAAGCUCUUCCUGGGAGUAGUUUUAAUAGCGUACUCUUAAAUAGGUAUAAAGGUGGUGAUGACUAUGUUGGUUGGCAUGCUGAUGAUGAGAAGCUUUAUGGAUCAACGCCCGAAAUUGCUUCGAUAUCUCUUGGAUGCGAACGUGAUUUCUUCCUGAAGAAGAAGCAAUGUAAAAAAUCUUGUGAUGGAAGUGAUGAGCCUGCAAGAAAGCGAUUAAAGAAGAGUAGCCAUGCUGAUCAGCACACCUUUAGACUAAAGCAUGGAUCCCUUUUGGUGAUGAGAGGCUAUACCCAAAGGGAUUGGAUUCACUCUGUCCCUAAGCGUGCAAAAGUGAACGGUACACGCAUUAAUCUUACCUUUCGACGUGUUUUUUGAAAGAUUUUUGGACAGGGUCCAGCUUUUGGAAUAUGAUCAUGCAUUGUUGUAAAUCUGCUUCUGGCAUUAUUAUAGGAUUACUGACUAGUUUCUUUGACAAGUUGAUACGAAAAUGUAAAACUUUGUAGGAUAUUUUCUCCUAACUUGAGUACAAAAAUGGUAGACUUGGAUUUUAUAUGUAAAGCUCUAUGGUUACUACUGCUUCUGCAUGGAGUUAUGAAGCCUUUCAUGUAAUACAAAAUUUAAUUGUCAUCCAUUGAUUAAAGGCUAUACUGUGAAUUGAAAGAUUUAGCAUUCUUCUACGUCAGUUAUCUUAAAAGAAAACACCAGUUCAAUGUUCAUAAUCGCAUUGUUUUUUCUGCUGAGAUGGAACUUGAAUUCCAAAUUAGAAAGUGGCUUUGAUAGAGCAGGGAACAGAUAACCUUAUUAUAAUGUUACUUUGCUGGAAGAGGGUGACCUAUGAGCCAGCUACUACUUGCAGAAGUGAAGUAUAAGCACAAAGUUUAGAAGUGAAUUGUAUUUUUUUUUAACGUGACAGUUACUUAAGUAGGAGUGUUGGGCGGCUAAAGGGGAGUACGAACAUAAGCUGAGUGUGGCAGAGAUGAAGAUGUUGAGAUGGAUGAGUGGUCACACGCGAUUGGAUAAAAUAAGGAAUGAAGAUAUAAGGGAGAGAGUUGGAGUAGCACCCAUUGUGGAAAAGAUGGUGGAAUCGCGUCUCAGGUGGUUUGGACAUGUGAGAAGAAGACCGAUAGAACAUCCAGUCAGGAGGGUGGAUGAGAUGGAAGAUGGACAAAGGGCGAAAAGCAGAGGAAGACCUAAGAAGACUAUCCAUGAGGUGGUCAAACGAGAUCUACAUGUAAACGGUCUCUCUGUAGACAUGAUACAUGACAGAGCACAAUGGCGUCAUUUGAUUCAUGUAGCCGACCCCACUUAGUGGGACAAGGCUUUGUUGUUGUUGUUGUUUGACAGUUACUUAAGUAGAUGAUUGAGUUAAUUAUUUGACCAACUUAAAGAUGGUGGUUGUAUUGGUCUUUGGUGUGCAUAUAUGGUGUAUAUUAAUAUUAAUUAAU